GUCCAACCAGUUUUAGGACUGACGACCUUAUGAUGAUCAUGAUGAUGUUGUUGUUUUUGUGUUAUACUGCAUUGCGUAUGCAAUUUACAAUUUUGAAAAUGUCAAAGCAAAAAAUUUUGAAAGGUAAAUGUCAAAAAUUACGCGGUUAAUUUAAAAACGCCCUUCCAAUACCGUGAAAUGGUCAUGGAGAGUUGGAAUGUUCUGCCCUACACUCUGCUAGAAAAAGUUUAUCAUCUUUUACCUAGAAGAGAUCGAUUCGCCUGUUCGAUGGUUUGCCAGAAUUGGAGAGAGGCACUGGACUGUCCAUCGCUUUGGAAAACGUUACCUAUCAACCUUGACACAGAUUUAUUUGAUCCAACCGUGUUAGUUCUAAUGAGAAAAUAUCACCGAUAUUUCAAUACACUUGAAUUACGAUGGGCGAAUAAUCAUCCAAGAUUAAGUUGGAUGCAACAGAGGCCUGAUAUUGCUAGGAGAGCUUGCAAAUUUUUAAUGGUACUUUCCGAAACCAACAUUCAGCUCCAAUCAAUCAAAUUUGUCGAUUGGUACGACGGUCGUAAAUUGAAGAAGAUGAUCUACCACAUUUCGAGGUUCUUAAAAAAUCAAAAGAGUUUAAUUAAUGUGUCAUUUUUUAUGGUCAAUUUUAACAAAAGCGAUUGCACCAAACUUUUGUCGUGUUGCUUGGAAAGUCAAAAAUCGAUUAGAAACCUUGAAAUGAGCUACUGCUUGUAUCCACCCAACAACUCUCAAGAAUAUGUGAUUUUGAUCAGUUGUCUGGAAUGUUUGAGUAACCUGAACUGUCUUAAGAUUGACUAUUCCUUUUUCAUAAACGGCGUUCUGGAAGCCAUUUUGCUCAGUAAAACAAAAACUUUGUCUACACUGGAAAUUUACGUACGAGGCUAUCCCAGUUUUCAUGAAACUGUUUCCGACUCCGAUUGGGACAAACUGAAGCAGCAGAAUCCACAAAUACGAGUUUCUUUUUAUUUCGUUGAGGUAUGUCAUUUUGAAGAAAUCAGUGUGGUACUUAGGGAAGUAAUACCAGUUGCGACAAUUUCCCUUAGUUGCGGAAAAAUGUGGGAUCAGUCAAGAAGCAGACAGUACAGAAGAACCCUUCAACUUAUAACCCGGUAUUAUCGAAGAACAUUAGAAAAUCUUUACAUACAUAUAAAAUUUAAUAAGGAAAUCUUGGACGAUGUUUUAAUUGGAAUGUUCCAAAAGUGUACAAAACUGCAGCACUUUGAGUUUAGUGGAAUUGUGCAGAAUUUAGAACUAAUUAAAGAAUUAUUUGAGACGCAUAGUAACAAUAAAUCUGAAAUAGGUUUCUCGUCAGUUCGUGUAUGUCCAAAAAAAUUAGAUCCUUCAAGUCAAUGGUAUAUCGAAAAACUAUUCGAUUAUUUUUCAGAAAUAAAACAAAAAAGGCCGUUUGAAUUCGAGGUUUCUGAAACACACUACGACAAAUGCGUAGUAUACAUGUAUAACUAACUAAUUAAACAGAUUUUUUAUCGGAGUUUUUUUUAUUGUA